GGGCAGGGGGAAGGUCCGCCACUCCUCCAAGCUACUGCCCCCGGAAUCCCCCAGGGAGAGGACUGUGGCUGCAGGCUGGCGGGGGCGGCGCGGGUCCUGGGAGGGGAAGCUGUGCACCCACAGGUCUGGUCUCAGGUCCCCUGGAGUCGGGCACUCAAGUGGGCUGGGCCCUUCGGCCCUGUCUUCUCCCCGCCUCCAAGGCCUCCACAGAAGCCUCAAAGACUGCUCACGUGAGACCCAGGAGAGGAGCAGGCCGGGAGGACGCAGGGGAGGAGGCUGCAGCAGCGCGUACCCUGCUGACCCAGACAGAAGCAGCAGCGGCCACAGCCACGGGCUGAGCAGCCCUCCCAGGCGGCGAGGGAGUUCAAGGGCCUUGCGGCCACCCGUACAAUACAGACAGGCCCAAGUACAAAAGCCUUUCCAGCCUCCUUCCCACGAGGCAGCUUUGCAGACAAGAAUCUGCUACCCCUGACACCCGGGCAGCUGGCAGCAUUCCAGGAUGUCUUCAAACUGUUCAGCUCCAGCCCGACAGGCACCACGGACACGCGCAAGAAAGCUGCCCAGUGCCAUGUGGGUGUCCAGCUAAGCCCGCAGGAGAUGUGUGAGGUUCUACGGCAGGCAGACUUGGAUGGUGAUGGAACCGUAAGCUUCAAAGACUUCCUGGUUGUCCUCACUGACAGCCACCGACUCGCUCAGUGCUUGGGCAAGGUGAGGAACAGCCGGGUCUGUGAUCCCCAGGGCUUGCAAACGCUCUUCUUAGAGAUGCUGUUCAAGCUGAGUCUGGGCUUUGUGCCCUUCAAGUCGGUACAGGAGGUGAUGAGCCACUACUCCAAGAAGCAGCGGUCUCUGCGGCUGAACUCGAACCGGAAGGGCGGGUCCGGCGGCCACGGCCGCACCUCGCGCUCUCAGGCGGGCCUCGCGAUCUUCCGCCAGGCCGCGCACCUUAGCGGCCUUUCCAGUGCCGAGCUGGCGUGCUCGCUGCACGGACUGCACAAAGCGGGUGCGCCCCAGGCUGGGCGGGGACCUGCGGGACUGGGGACUCUUUCUCGGGACCCGCUCUCAGAACUGGCCGCUCCUUUUCCUCCUACCGGCUUCCUCGCCCCAGGUGCGCGCAGCGCCUACUCCCAGAUACCUAACCUGAACGGGCGGACGCAGUCAGAAUUCCACACGCGGAACCGAACCCCGCGCCCAGACGUCCGACUUCCCAAGUCCUACCAGCCCAGCCAACCCAAGCGCCGCCCCAACCGUGGGCGGCUCGGCCAAGGGUUCGUGGGCCAGACGCUAGGGUAUACGCGCCCUUCGAAGCUGGCUCCCUCCCCCCCAACUCUAGUGCAGAAGCAGCCCUUCUCCCCCUCUCCAGCCUGUUUGCAGAGACCUGCUAUGAAGAACUUGUACAAGUAA